CACACACAUACACACACGCAAACAGACACACCGCCCCCUCAUCAGAGCACCCACAAUAGAAACUGCACUCUGCUCCAGUGAGUUUUCCCUCCCAGUUGCACACCUGAAGAGAGACGUCUCUGGACUGAAGGUUCAUUCCGUGUUUUUUGGACUCAGGAGUUUAUCCACAAAGCUCCGAGGAUGCCAUUUGACUACAUUCCCAUUCUAGAGAUCUUCCUGGGCAUGCUGGGCUUCGGCCUCUCCAUCAUGUUCUGCACGACCUUCUGCAGGGCGUGCAGUCGCUACAGGGAGGAGCAGAUAGAGAGGGAGGUGUGGCGACGCACUGAGCAGGACGGGCGCCCUCCUCCAAUAUAUUUCAUCCCCUUCCAUGGGAGCAUGUCACAGCAGGACGGCGAUGACCACCCCAGGGCACCUCGUUACAGCCAAGAGAACCACACACCACCACAGUAUAGCAAUGCAGCCUACAGUGGGCCCCCACCUUCCUAUAAUGAGCUUGGACUGAAGCCUGAGGAUCUUCCCCCUGCUUACACAGAGUACAGCGUCCCUGUGUAUCCCAUCACACCUCCACCUCCCUCGGACAUGGUUCAACCCCAAACACAGUCACAACAAUAAACCAGGACCAUCACACUGUGGCUGUGUUGAAGUUAUGGACAGUGUUGUUUACUGAACUGCCUCAUGGACUUGAGUGAGCUGACACUGGAGUUUAUAAAGUUUCAAAGAUUUUUU